AUGGGAUUCAUCAUGGAGUUCACGAAGAAACUAAUCCUCUGGCUGAUGGAGGACCCGGAGCAGCGGGCGCACGUCUACCUGAUGAAGGAGCGGUGCGAGCGCACCAAGGCAGCCUGGGCGCUCCCGCUCCGCCCCUACGGCUUGUGGACCUUUGACCGCUUCAAUUCCCAGCUCUCCUCGGACCCCAAGAUCAGCCAGGUUGUCGGCCGCCGCGACCACUACGAUGACCUCCUAGCCCGCCACGCCAACCCCGCCCUACCCCCAUCCUCCUCCUCCUGA